UCGCCUCCUCCUCUCCCGGGUUGCUGCACUGCCGACUCAGCCGCUUCUCCUGCGUCUUAUCCUCCCUGCCCCUCUCCUCACAGCUGAGUCCUCGACCAAAUCGGCGUCCAUCUUCAGCAGUGGCCGCAUCUUGAGCGGAGAGGCGGAUGGUCGUGGCAGCGGCAUCUUCAGCGGCGUCGCCGGACGAGCUCCACGCGCGGGGGAGAUAUCUCCACGGGCCCGCGCAACCACAUCCCCUCGCUGACGUCGGCCUCACAAAGAAGAGGUCUAGUCUGCCCGUGCCGCCGAGGAGGGGGAGCAGCCGCGCCCGGAGUAGGUUGUCCCCAACGCCUGCAUCUAGUCGUCGACCUUAACUACACUGUGGUCGCCGCUGCUGGUCGUGGUCGCCUAGUUGAUACCGGCCCCGCCGGAGUGUAGCUCAUCCUGCCUGAGGACAUGAUUCGUACGGGAAAGGGAGGGACGCCGGCGGGUGAUUCCGCCAUUCUGCCAGUGCCAAGAUGGGGCAGAAGAUGUCCGGCGCAUCGAAGGCUCUCUUUGCUUGAUGAUGUCAGUAGCAUCAGUAGGCACAUCGCUGCUGCUGCUGCUGCUGCGGCCGCUGCUACGGCUGAUGAUGAUGGUGGUGCUUUUGAGCUGAUGUGUGAGAAGGCAGGCCGUCCCAACGUGCCGGUGGUGGAGGGCAGCGCUGAGCCUCUCAAGGAUCAGACUGAAUUCCCUCUUCCCAAUUGAUUUCUUCUAGAGCUUGAGACAAAUUCCACAUAUGAGGGGCUGGACCUUCAUGUGUCAAGGCAUCAUUUUGUUCCUGUAAUGGAGCGUCAUCCGGUUCAUGUGGCUGAGCUGGAGGAUCAUCCGGUUCAUGUGAUGGGCUAGCUAUAUCAUCUUGUGUUGAUGUCUUCUUUUUUUUAAGAAACCUUUCCAUAAAUUCUCCUGUGAUUUAUUAUUAUUGUGUUAGCAAAAAUGUACAGAGUUACAUUAUUUGUGUUUGCGCAUGCAAGAAUAGAAACAAUAAACAAAAUGUAUUGAUUGGAUGAUACAAAUACGAUUAGGGAGUUAAACUUACUUGACAUUGUACCUCGCUGCUUUCGCAGAAAUAAUCCUCCCUUGGUUAGCUAUGAAUCGCAGCGAAUUGUUCCCAAUUGAAAUAGCUUUAAAUUUCAGAGAUUUCAGAUUUCAGAGAGAUCGGCAAUUACCAAAUACCUACACACAGUUGAGAUUUCAGAUUUCAGAGAGUUGAGAGCAUUAAUUUGACAGAUUGUAAGAAGAUGUUUUCAGAUUUCAGAGUUGAGAGCAAUUACCAAAUACCAAGCGCUGAGUUGGGACUUGAGAGUUGACAGUUCAGACGUACCUCAAAUUUCCAACCUGUUUCCAACUAUCCCUGAGUGGGCGAGGGUAGAGGCGGCCGGCUUGCGAUGCUUGAAAAACGGCGACUGGGGUCACUGGGCGGACCGGCGGCUGGCCGCGCGACAGAGAAGUGGAAGGGGCGAGCACGGGCGACGCUGCGAGGGUUGAGGCGCAGAAGCCGAGCGGACGAGUAACCCUACGGGCGCACGUACAGGUAAGGACCAGCCGUAUUAGGGAUCGAUUAAUCGGAUCGAUAGCUUUUCUAUUCAACACGGCCACACGGGCACGUAUAGGGACCACGGAUCGUCGGAUGGAUUAAUCGAUCGAUCAUGUGUGGGCACUUACGUAGAUGGGCUGCACUGCCUCUGCCUGGCUUGUGUAUUGCUGGGCUGGCCGGUGUCCAGGUCGAAAAGUAACCGGUGUCCAGCCCAAAAAUCUGGAGUAUGUAUAAGGGAAACACGUAUUUUACCCGGUGCCAGUGACACCGGAUGAGAUAACGUGCCUCCGCCCCUGACACGUUAAUUAACAUGGAAAGCUUUCUCAGAAUGGACUAGACAUCUCUAAUGGAAGUUGCCAGCCGAGUCUGACACUUUGGUUUGUUAAGAAAAUCUGCAAUACCUUCCUAUUGUAAUUGUACCGUUUAUCUUCAGUUUUUCUUCUUCUCCAAGGGACAAUGCUGAUGCCAUCAAAGAGAAGUACAUCAUCGAGGCUACUAACCACCCAACAGACCCCGAGGCCGACGAGGCAAGAACACCAACAUUUUGCCACAAAACUAAGCUGCAUUUGUUGACACAUUUCACACAUUGAAUGGUAGUAGAGAAAUGUACAUGUUCAUGGUGCAGAUUCUGGCAAAUAAGGGCGUGCUGGUCCUAGCGGACAUCAUGGCCAACUCCGGCGGAGUGAUGGUGAGCUACUUCGAGUGGGUGCAGAACAUCCAGGGGUUCAUGUGGGGCGAGGAGAAGGUGAAUCGGGAGCUCAGGACAUACAUGACCCGCGCUUCAAACAUAGUUCUGAUUAUUUAGGCAAUGUAUGUCACCGUAUAAAAUGGACAGUAAUUAUGUAUAGUAUAUCUCCGAAAACCAGAAUUGGCUCAAUUUGGAAGAAUGCCUACUUUAUAUGAAUUUCUUGUCCACUUUGCACGCGUUGCUGCAAGUGCAUUAUCAUGCCUCAGCCAUAAUCAUUGUCGAAAAAUA